AUGGCAGAUAGCGUAGUUAGUUUUGCGCUGGAAACUUUGUCUCGGCUUGUGGAACACGAAGCCAAUUUGCUGUGUGGGGUGGAGGACAAAGUGAGGUCCCUUGAGAGUGAGCUUAGGAUAAUGAGCGCCUUCCUUAAGAGCUGCAACCAAAGCCAGCGCAAGAAGGAGACCGAGCAAGAGGUUAUUCGUCAAAUCACAGAAGCCGCACACGAAGCAGAGGAUGUCAUCGACACCUUUGUUAUUGACGUUGCCCGGCAUCAAAGGAGAAAUUGGUUGUCCAAGAUGCUCCAUGGUGUUGAACAUGCAAAGCUACGGCGCCGUGUGGCGGGGAAAAUAGACGAGAUCAAAGCCAGAAUCAAUGGGAUUCAUGAGAACAAAAAGAAAUACGUCAUCCAAGAAGCAGUAGGAUCUUCAACAGAUCAGGAGUUACAGCUACUGCACGAGCGAAGAAGGGACGUGGAGGAAGAUGACGUGGUGGGUUUUCACCAUGACUCAGAUGAAGUAAUCAAUCGCCUCGAGCGAGGGGGUUCGCGUCGUAGUGUGGUGUCCAUCAUAGGUAUGGGCGGAUUAGGUAAAACCACUCUGGCUCGCAAGAUUUAUAACAGUGAUUAUGUCAAGAAUCACUUUGAGUGUCGUGAUUGGGUUUAUGUGUCUAAUGAUUAUAGACGUGGAGAGCUUUUGCAUGCCCUUUUUAGACGCUUGAUGUCAAUCUCUGCAAACGCAUGUCAUUAUGAUAACAAUAUAAGUAGCAAACAUAGAAAGAAAUCAAAGGGCAAAGGCCAAGCUGAAUUUGAUGAUUUUUAUAAUUUUAGUGAGGAAGAACUGAGAGACGAGGUACGAGACUGUUUGAAAGAAAAGCGAUAUCUUUUAGUGUUGGAUGACGUAUGGCAAACUCAACAUUGGGAUGACCUACAAUAUGCUUUUCCGAAUAAUGAUAAAAGCAGUAGGAUUUUGAUUACUAGUCGUGUGAAAGAAGUGGCUUCUCAUGCUAGCUCAUCUCCUCCCUACUAUCUCCCUUUUCUUAACGAAAAAGAAAGUUGGGAGCUUUUCUCAAAGAGGGUAUUUCCAGGAGAGGGCGUGCCUUCUAAUUUCGAGAUGCUUGGUAAGCGUAUGGUAAAAAGUUGUGGUGGCUUGCCAAUAUCUAUUGUGGUCCUUGCAAGAAUUCUAACAAACAAGGAAAAGUCAGGCCGAGAAUGGUCCAAGGUUAUGAACCAUAUCAACUCGUAUCUCAUUCGACCAGAAACACAAGUACGAGAUAUAGUAUUGAAACCUAGUUAUGAUAGCUUGCCUCCGAAAUUGAAGCAGUGCUUUCUAUAUUUUGGUAUGUUCCCUGAAGACUACGAGAUUCCUGUUAGAUGCUUGAUCCAACUAUGGGUUGCUGAAGGAUUCAUUAUUCAUAGUGAUUCUAGAACUACAGAGGAUGUUGCUGAGGACUACUUAGAGGAACUCAUUAAUCGUAGUUUAAUUCAAGUAGGGAAAAGGAGAACUAAUGGCGGUAUCAAGACAUGUCGGAUCCAUGAUCUUUUGAGAGAACUUUGCAUAUCUGAGGGCAGGGAGGAGAAGGUUUUUGAAGUUUGUAGGCUUGCAAAUAUUUCAGAGCCAAGCAAACCUCGCAGGCUAUCUAUUCAAUGUAAUGUGGCUAAUUAUUUUGCUUCAAGCACCAAAAACCAUUCAAGCACUCGUACGAUGGUUGGUUUUGACCUCAAAUCCGAGGAUCGCAACCUUUCAAGCCACUUGAAAAGGCGUGUGAAAUGGUUGCAACUUGUUCGAGUGUUGAAUCUAACAACUUCCAUCAAGUACAACUUCCUUGCCAAUUUAAACAUGUUAAUGCAUCUAAGGUACUUAAAAAUAGACUUAGACUUAGGCUUAGACUGCUAUUCUAGUGAAGGUUUUCCAAGAGCUAUCCUUGAAUUCAUAUGCAAUCUUUGGAAUCUAGAAACUUUGGACUUAGGGCAUUGGCAGCCAUUUAACUCGAAGGUGCUCUGUUUCACUGGAAUUUGGAAGCUCAAGAGACUGAGGCAUCUUUAUGCACCUGCAUCUAUGAUUUUACCAGAGUUUCCAGAUGUAAAAAGGCAAAGCCAAGCCAUGUGCAAUCUACAGACUCUAUGUCCUAUUGCCAUUAACAAAAGGUCAGCUCUUAUGCCUCUCAUAGGGAAAGGCGUAUUCCCACAACUUAGGAGAUUGAGUUUGCAUUUUGAUGAGGAUGAGAUGCAUAAACAAAGGGCUGCUCAAGUGUGGGAAAACCUUCCAAACCUAAAUUAUCUGAAUACAUUGAAGAUUUGUUGGUUUCCUGAUAUUUCAUCAUCUGUUAAUGCCUUUCCUUCCAGCCUUACCAAGCUAACAAUUGUAGCCACCUACUUAAAUAGUGAUACCAUGAGCAUUUUGGGAAGUCUUGCGAAUCUCACAAGUUUGAAACUAUCUCGGUGUGAGAUUGCAAAUGGGUCCGAGCCGGAGUUUCGCUGCAUUAAUGGGUUCCCCCAACUAGAGGUAUUUAAAAUGAUACGUUUUGUUGGCCUCAAUCGCUGGGAAUUAGGUAGUGAUGUCAUGCCAUGUCUUAGAUGUUUGAUUAUUGACCAUUGCCAGGAGAUGGUUACUCUCCCUGCCCAGCUCUGGUCCCUUGUUUCCUUACAGGAGGUACGAGUGAGCUGGCCCUCUGAAUCGUUGAUGAUGCAACUCCAAAGUCGACCUAUGAGAGAUGGGUGUAAUCUCUCCAUCCGUUAG